AUGAUCGGGGGAGGGGCAGAGAGAGAGGGAGACACAGAAUCCGAAGCGGGCUCCAGGCUCUGAGCUGUCAGCACAGAGCCCGACGUGGGGCUCGAACUCACGGACCGUGAGAUCCUGACCUGAGCUGAAGUCGGACGCUCAACCGACUGAGCCACCCAGGCGCCCCAGUUUACUAGUUUUAUACCAUCCCAUCCUCUCUCCUAUCCUUUCUUCUCAUUUUCAUCGCCUCUUCCUUAAUCACCAGAUGAAAUUCAAGUUGGCCCUUAUGGAGAAUGGCACAGAAGCAACAGAGUUCAUCCUCUUGGGAUUAACAGACGACCCUCAUCUUCAGGUCCCCCUCCUUCUGGUAUUUUUAUUCAUCUACCUCAUCACUCUGGUUGGGAAUGGGGGGAUGAUGGCAAUCAUCCGCGCAGACCCCCACCUCCACACUCCAAUGUAUUUUUUCCUCAGUAACCUCUCCUUCGUAGACCUGGGCUACUCGUCAGCGGUAGUUCCUAAGAUGGUGGCCGCACUGCAUUCAGGGAGCAAAGUCAUCACCCACAAUGGAUGUGCUGCUCAGUUCUUCUUCUUUGUGGGUUUUGCCACUGUCGAGUGCUACCUCCUGGCCUCCAUGGCCUACGACCGCCAUGCAGCUGUGUGUAGGCCACUCCAUUACUCCACCACCAUGACGGCAGGUGUGUGUGCCCUCCUGACUGCUGGCUCCUAUGUCUGUGGCUUCCUCAAUGCUUCCAUUCACACGGCAAACACCUUUAGACUCUCAUUCUGUGGCUCUCACGAAGUAAAUCAUUUCUUCUGCGACAUUCCGCCACUCUUAACUCUCUCGUGUUCUGACACUCGCAUCAGCAGCUUGGCUGUCUUCUGUGUCGUGGGCUUCAACGUCUUCUUCACCCUCCUGGUCAUCCUCAUCUCUUACUUCUUCAUAUACAUCGCCAUUCAAAGGAUGCGUUCUGCGGAAGGACGGAAGAAAGCCUUCUCUACCUGUGCCUCCCACCUCACUGCUGUCACCAUCUUCUAUGGAACCAUCAUCUUCAUGUACUUACAGCCCAGCUCCAGUGAGUCAAUGGACACGGACAAAAUUGCUUCUGUGUUUUACUCGGUGGUGAUUCCCAUGCUGAACCCCUUGAUCUACAGCCUUAGGAACAAAGAGGUAAAAAAUGCUCUCUGGAAAAUAUGCAACCAACUUUAUCCUCUGUCGUUAAGUGUGAGUAGGAAGUAG